AUGCCGCCCAAGAGAGCUCAGGCGGCCACCAACAAGCAAAAAGGCGAGAGCCUUGCGAGAAGAACAACCUUCUACGUCAACAACGAGUGGGAGGCGGGCAGCGAACCCGACGACUGUACUCAUAUUCGCGGGCAGAUGUACGUAGAGUGCCUUGAGCCGCAGAGAAUGACCCAGGACUGGCCUAUUAUCCUGGUACAUGGCGACUAUCACUCUAGUCAAGUUUGGCUGACAAAACCCGACGGAGACCCGGGCUGGGCCUCGUACUUUGUGGGCAAGGGCUUUCGGGUCUAUCUUGUCGAUUUGCCAGGUACCGGCAAGUCGAAUAACCUGACCAAGGAAGAAAUCAAAGAUGUAGAGAUUCGAAGCAUCAAGGGCUCCCAGAUUGAGAGGGAAUUCACCACCCCGGAAGUUUUCAACCACAUAGCUGAUCCCCGCUGGUCCACGGUCCAGAAUCACAACAAAUGGCCAGGGACCGGCAGGAAGAACGAUGGCAAUUUCGACAGGUAUUGCGCCUCUUUGACUUCGCUCUUCUUUACCGUCGAGCAGCGACAAACGCUAGCCCAGAAUGCGCUUAGAUGCCUCCUCAAGACAAUCAAGAAAGCAGUACUCAUCGGCGAGGGCACGGGGGCGACGGCUUCUUGGCUUGCGGCGGAUGUUGUGCCAGAGUUUGUGGUUGGUGUCGUGGCUAUCGAGCCGCCCGGCCCGCCCUUUUGUGACGCGACCGUAAGCCGAAACGGCAAGCGAAGGUUUGAUACCUUUACAAAAUUUAAUCCGGAUCGUCUCAAGUACGGCUUGUCUACCAUCCCGCUGACAUACGACCCACCCGUUCGCGCAGAGUUGGAUCUACGAAAAGGGCCGACGGAGCUGCUUCCAUCGUCAGAUCCGAAACAUUCGACCGGGCAGCAUCCGUUGGACCUGGCUCUCUUUGUCCGUCAAGAUAAUGGCAAGGCGAUGGUGCUCCAGUACUGCCCAGACAACAUCCCGGCUGGGUUCAUCUUCAUAGAGAAGUUGACACAUGGGGAGGGUACAAUGCACGUUCGAAAGCUCGACAACUUGGCAAAGAUGCGCCAUGUGAUUAUUACCGGCGAAGCAAGCUCCCAUUCCGAGUAUGACGGUUCUACAAUGCACUUUAUGCAACAAGCCGGCCUCACUGUCGACUGUGGAUUUCUGGAGAGAUACCGAACAUAUGGCAAUGGCCACCUGAUGUUCUUGGAAGAGAAUAGCGACGAGGUUGCCGCCCACAUCAUGCGUUGGAUACAGAACAGGGCAGGCAAAGUGGACAAGCCAGUGAUCGCUGCUGAGACAGAUGUGGCUAUCGUACCCGGGCCUACCGCACUGUUGUCCCGUCGGGCUAUUGAAUGUGACCAGCGGCACGUCAGAUCACCGAAGAGGCACAAAAGCAGCACUACUGAUCGUUCAAAACUGUCUUUGGUCUCAGCAGGCCAUUCUGAUGUAAUCGAUUUGACCGACGAGUUUGACUGCGGCAUCGAAUACUGCUCUAAUGAGGCUCUGCACGCUGCCUAUGACGAAGACUACACGUUGUCUUCUGCAUCUGGCACGGUUUUCCGACACAGUGCGAUGCUACCGCCGCCGCCGCCGUCCCAAGCCAGUCUCCCAAAAGCCUCUACACGAGCGGAAAAUCCGCCUGUGGCCAAUGUCGUCGAGCCGAAUGCACGCGGGAGCUACCCUCAGAGGUCUGAGCUCUUCAUGCCCCCCGCAUCUACUAUCCGAGACCCGACUUCCUUUGCUUUCUCAAGCCCGAUUCCCGCGCAAUUACAUUCUCAACAGGUUCCUCUGGAAGAGACUGAGGCUGGUGGCGCUGGUAGGCAGACCUCACAGGGCCUUGAACCCAACCAAGCUGACUUUCAUACGCCCCCAGAGUAUCCAACUCGCAGCCCCUAUUCUGCUUCCCCGCGAAACCACUCAGCUUGUGAAGCGAUGCACGAACAACGAGGAGGCUCGAAACGGGACGAAGGUACCUACGUAGGCGAGUCGGCGCCAACAGGGCCUUCCAAUAGCUUUGAAAACUCAUACACGGAAUAUGAAUUUGGCUUUUUCCCACCACAAGCCAUGAGCCGAAAUGGACGCCGAACCACGGGGCUGUUGGACUCUACUCGCAUGCCCUUGAUCCCCUUUCAUCAUGGCAUAACACCGGACACAGCCUCCUGGCUGCAGAAUCCCUGCUUUUGGUCAACACAGGGCGGGUGCUCUCCGGGUUCCUUUGCUCAAGCUCCGCGCUCCAUGCCCAAUUUUCAGCCACGCAACAACGCCUGUGCGUAUGCCGAGGCCACGGGGGCUACCAAUGAUUGGGUCCGCAACAGCCAGACUUACGAUCCUCAUAUUGACCUGUCAUGUCAAAAUGAGGAUCAUCUAGACAUGAACGAAUAUGAAGUAUAA